AUGGGGUCUGCUUACAAUCCUUCCGCCUACUACAAUUCACAGCAGCACCAGCAGCAGCAGCCGCGGCAGCCGCAGCAGCCGCAGCAGCAGCCGUCGGCUGGUUCCCAGGCGAACACCCGACAGUUCCUGAAUGGAAUCUUGGAGCAGCGAGGUCCGGGGGCUUUGCCUUAUAACGAGGGCGACAAGUGGCUUAUUCGCGAGCAGCUGGCGUUCACUAUUCAGACCUUCUCUGGUCUGCAGGUCCGUCCUGCCACGUUCACGCACAACGAUGGGCGACAGGUGCAGCUAUUGCAGCUAGAGGGCACUAUCCCCAUGUGGUACAAGGAGGUUAAGUACAAUAUCCCCAUCACCAUGUGGCUCUUAGAGCAGUUCCCGCGCGCCGCUCCCCUCGUUUAUGUCACGCCCACGCGGGAUAUGAUCAUCCGGCCGAAUCACUCGCACGUGAACGCCUCGGGAUUGGUCGACGUGCCGUUUCUGCGCGAGUGGGUGUACCAGCGCUCGACGGUAGUCGAUCUGUUGCAAGUUUUGUCGGUUAUGUUCGGGCAGGAGCCGCCUCUGUACUCCCGCCAGCCCGCGCAUGCGGCGGCUGCGACGCAGGCGCGCCCGCCAGGUGCGCGGACCGGCGGACCUGGCGGAGGAGAUGUCCGCGCACAACAGCAGCAGCAGCAGCAGCAGCAGCAGCAUCAUCAUCAUCAACAACCGCAACACCAUCAGCAACAGAUGUCACCUACACCACAAGCGUACUCCAGCGGUGCUGCCCCCGCCCCCUUAUCCCCGGCCUUCCAGGGUACUAACCCCAUGCACAUGCACGGGCCCCCUUCCUCGGGUUUAGAUGGUGCGCGGAUUGGGCCGGCAGGGCCGGGCGGGAGAGAGAGGGGCAUCAGCGGAAGCGGCAGUGGUGGUGGGGGAGGGGGAGUGGUGGGAGGAGGUGUCGGUGCGUACGCGCAGCAGCAGCAACAGCAACAUCAGCAACAGCAGCAGCAGCAGCAGCAGCAGCAGCAGCAGUACGGGCAGUAUAAGGGAACGUUCGCACGGCCAGGUGCUGCGCCGACAGGUGGCGCAGGAGCAGGCGCAGCAGGAGCAGCGCCGACAGCAGGAGGCGCAGGCGGGGCGGGAGGCGCGGCAGUAAGAAGCGCGUCCGGCCAGGGAUCAGGCGCAGCAGGCGCUGGAGCAGCAGCAGCAGCAGGGGCGGCCGCGGCGGCGGCGGCGGCAGGGAGAGGGGAAUCCGGGAAGAGCAAAGGCGAGGAGGCGAAGGAGGUGUUUAGAAAGGCGGCUGUUAUAUCCCUGUCGGUGCAGCUGAGCGCGGACGUGAGUGAGAGUUGGCAGACGGCGAACCGGCUUAUGGAGGAGCAGCUGGGGCUGCAGCAGAUGCUGGGCGCGCGCAAGGAGCAGGCCAGCGGGGUUGUGAGGGAGCUCGAGCGGGAGAAGCAGGCGCUGGAGGAGUCGCUGCAGUUGAAGGGGGAAUUGAGUGAGAGCUGGCAGACGGCGAACCGGCUGAUGGAGGAGCAGCUGGGGCUGCAGCAGAUGCUGGGCGCGCGCAAGGAGCAGGCCAGCGGGGUUGUGAGGGAGCUCGAGCGGGAGAAGCAGGCGCUGGAGGAGUCGCUGCAGGUGAGAGAGAGGGAGUUUGGGGUGGUUGGGAACGGUGCUGCAGCUCAGCUGCUGAAGCACACGGCAGCAGACCUAGCUAUAGAAGACGUGCUUUACUCCCUAGACCGGGCCCUUCAGGAGGAGCGGGGGCACGAUGAACGGUCGGAUUGCGCCAACUGCGGCGUGUGCUACAUCUACCCGCCGCUAGCGGCGCCUCCCACAUGCAUUCCCGACGGGAUCCUGUGGAACGUGACCCGCGUGGCGCGGCCGUGCCCGUCGUCGCUCAACGACCCGCACUUCACGGGCGCGGAGGGCACGCAGUUCGACUUCAACGGGCUGCCCGACCAGAGCUUCUGCCUCGUCACGGACGCGCGAAUCCACGUCAACAUGCGAAUGCGCGGGUAUUACGACGACCGCACGAUCGGCGCGUCGAUCCUGAAGGGCGGAAAGGCGGUGCGCACGUGGAUCAAGGAGCUGGGCAUUAUGUGGAUCGACGCGGCGGGCGUGAAGCACUCGUUCCGCAUGGCGGCGCGCGACGUCAAGGAGAUGGCGCGCGGCGCGGGGUACAUGGGGGAGAUGGAGUUCGACGGCAAGGCGCUGCCGCUCCUCUCCGUGGGCAGCAAGUACGCGCUGCCCGGCGGGCUGACGCUGGCGUUCACGGGGUACGAGAAGCAGGGCGGCGGGUUCUUCGACGUGGACGCGUACUCGCUGGAGGUGGACGGGCUGAUCAAACUGGAUGUGAAGCUGCGGCCCGCGCACCCGCUGCUGCAGACGGACGCGGACGCGCAGACGCACAUCAACCUGCACUUCGCCAACGUGGAGCGCACCCCCGCCAUGCACGGCAUCAUGGGGCAGACGUAUCGCGAGGGCCGGCGGAAACGCGCGUUGGAGUACACGUCGCUGUCGGUGCUGCUACGGCGGUCGUUCGCGGCGGACGGCGUGGAGGGCCGAGGGUACCUGGACGGCGAGGUGAAGGACUACCGCACGUCCAGCGUCAUGUCCGCCGACUGCCUGUACACCGCGUUCGACGGACACUCGCUACCACCCAUCAACGAGGCCAACGGCGUGAUCCGGGCGUAG